GUCAGUCUUGGGGACGCGCUCCGACGCGAACACUGCGGUUUGAGAAGAGCCCCCCUCCAUGUGAAUGCGUGCGUGCUCGCCACCCGUCCUGUGUUUCUGUCUCCGGAGCGUGCACGCACGCCUUUAUCCCCACCUCUUUAAUGUAUUUCCAGCAUCUGCUGGACUUGUACAGACACCGCGUCGGAUUGCGAAUACAGAUGGAGAUCUCACUGAAGUCUGAUGGCCACCGGCGCACCCGAGCUGCGCGAAAGCACACGAGUCAACUGUGAUACACUGGCAUGUGUCACGAGAGCCAAUUAGCUGUGCGCUGAUGGGGAGCAUAGAGGAACCGGCUGAGAAAGAGAUUUGUGUGGACAUCACUGGAAAAACUGCCCGUGGAAAUAAGUCCUGAAGAGAAACCAAAGAGGCACUUCACCACUGUGAGUCUAUGGAGAGAGAAGUGCAGUCUUUCUGUUUUCUCUACGAGGAAAGGAAACUUAAAUGACUUCUGACCAGCAAAGUGAUUUAAUUUUUCACUUAAAGCACUUUUACAACGUGCAUUGAUAUAAAUGGCUUAAACUGCUAUCAAACAGCAAAACCCGAAUUAAGAUCACAGUGUUUUGCGUCUGUGGUGAUAUCCUGGACACACAGUCAUUUAUGCAUCUUGAAUGAUAAGUUAAUUCAUUUGCGCAAUCUUCAUGAUUUUUAUCCCGUUACGCACAUUUAAUUCGCAAUAAAAGCGCUUGCAAGAUUCGGAGCUGGAAUCAGGAAAGGUCGGUGCUCCAGACAAGAGAAAAUAAACGCUACAGGCCGUUUAAGAAGAAGACUGACUGAAUUCUACGUAUUUUUUAACAACAGUAACGCUGUUGUGCCCUUUAUGUCCGUCUGACAGGACGCGGAGUCAAAAGAGGGCGGACGAUUUACUUUUAAGAAACCGUGUUGAGUUAUUGUUCUCUAUUAGCUUAAAUAAUGUAAAAACACAUCUUGGUUUUUGUUUUUGUUUGUUUUUUACAUACUCAUCAGCUGCUGGACUUUUUAAAUGUUUAAUUGAUCAAGAGUUUUUGUACUUUAUUAUGCAUGACUGUGUUGGAUAUGGGGAAUACCAUAACUUACGUCAAGCAUAAAUGCUGACAGUCCUCUAAAUUGUCUCAUAAAUACAUUUUUAUUCUUGAAAACCAAUGUUAUGGCUCAUUUAUGAGGAAAAUUGUGCACUUGGCAUCCGAAUGGAGUUAAGAAGUUCCCUAAGGAGUCAAAGCAAACAGUCCUUGACCUGAGUCUUCAUUUUUGUGGUGUUAUUAUGUAACUUUGAUUCAUCGGUGAGAGAACAUUUUUGAUUCACUUGUAGUAAGUCGAAAGACUCUAUGCGCCUAGGAUAAACCUCUCCGACCCAUGUGCGUCAAGAAAGACAGAAGAGAAGAGGAAUGCGCUAUUGACGUCAUGAGGUGAAAUAACCAAAACUCAAAAUCCUGGAACUGUCUAUAAAUGCCUGAGUAAAUUUUUUAUCUUCUAGUCGUCAAAGCUGUUUGCCGCCAUCUCCAUUUGAUUCCACCUCUUGAUUCUUUUUCCACCCAAGCACCACUCCCAGCUUGCCUCUGAUCUAAACGGUAUCAUGGCUUCUCCUCAACAUCAACAUCUGCUGUUUCACAACAGCGAAGUAAGCUGUGACUCCAGCGGCAAUGGUGCUGUGUCUGUGCGGAUCAGCAGCACCAAGCCACACAAACAGCAGCGUGGGAGUCUGGGCGCCAGCGCCAUGUGCAGCAUCAUCGGGGGCUCCAAACAUUGCAAGUACAGCAUCUCCUCCAGCUGUAGCUCAGGCGAAUCCGCCAUCCGCAGACCAGUGGUCAAAGGCCUCCGGACUCAAAGGAAGAUGCCGCAGCUGUUUGAAAGGUCGGCUGGACAUUUCUGGAACCCCAAGUUUGACUCCAACAUUCUGGAGGAAGCCUGCCGCGAACGCUGUCUCCCUCAAACGCAACGGCGUUUCCGCUGUGUGUUGUUUUACUUGGCGGCCGCAAGCCUCCUUUGGGGAUUGUUCUUCAUCGCUAAUGCUAAUCGAUGUGAACGGACUGCCUUCUUACUGCCCACGGCUGCCUUCCUACUCCUCUGUUCUGUCCUGUUCGUCUUCACGUUCACCCGGUUCUACGCCCACUGCUACAAUCAAGCCUCGCUGUUGCUCAUUGUGGUGACGUUUGCCCUCACUCUUGCACCUCAGAUACAGACCUCUGGCUUUAAUGACUUUAAUGAUCCUCCUUUGAAGGAUGAAGAGGACGCAGGCGACUUCAGUGGUGCAGAGGAUAAAAAUCUGACAUUUGAAGCCAACCGCAGUGAAGGUCCAGUUGCUCCUUGUUUAUCCCCAGUUGGCACCUUCUCUCUAGGCAUGGAGGUGCUUUCGUUACUGUACAGUUUCCUCCACGUCCGUUUGUAUGCUUCGCUCCUGCUCGGCUUGCUCUACUCAGUGCUUUUUGAGACUCUUGGCUGGAUGCAUUUGAUUCAAGGCAAUGGCUGGAGGAACUCCACCGAGGAACAUUUGGAAACGCUCUACUGGCUGAUCCCAGGUAGGGCUAUUUUGCAUGUCUGCGCCCACGUCAUUGGCAUCCACCUUUUUAUUAUGUCCGAAGUGCGUUCACGCAGCACGUUCCUCAAGGUCGGCCAAGCCAUCAUGCAUGGGAAAGACUUGGAGGUGGAAAAGGCCCUGAAGGAGCGGAUGAUCCACUCGGUGAUGCCUCGCAGGGUGGCUGAUGAGCUCAUGAAGCAGAGCGAUGACGACAAUGACAACUCGGUUAAGCGCUACUCAACGGGAGCAGUCAUUGCAGGUGCCUCCAGCCCAAAGAGCACCAAACACAAAAAGACAUCAAUACCUCGAGGACAGAUCAUCUUUCGGCCGUUCAACAUGAAACGCAUGGAGCCGGUCAGCAUCCUGUUCGCGGACAUUGUGGGUUUCACCAAGAUGAGCGCCAAUAAGUCAGCGCAUGCCCUGGUGGGACUCCUCAACGACUUAUUUGGGCGCUUCGAUCGCCUGUGUGAGCUCACGUGUUGCGAGAAGAUCAGCACGCUGGGAGAUUGUUACUAUUGCGUGGCUGGUUGUCCCGAACCAAGAGAGGACCACGCAUACUGCUGUGUAGAGAUGGGGCUUGGGAUGAUCCAGGCCAUUGAACAGUUCUGUCAAGAAAAGAAAGAGAUGGUGAACAUGCGUGUUGGCAUCCAUACUGGCACCGUGCUUUGCGGGAUCCUCGGCAUGAAGCGUUUUAAGUUCGACGUCUGGUCCAAUGAUGUCAACCUAGCCAAUCUUAUGGAGCAGUUAGGUGUUGCUGGGAAGGUGCACCUUUCGGAGGCCACGGACAAGUUUUUGGAUGACCGGUACUUGCGAGAAGACGGGCGAGUUACAGAAAGGAUUGGACCAAGUGUGGUUGCAGAUCAGCUUAAAGGUCUCAAGACAUAUCUGAUAUCCGGGAGGAAGGUGAAGCUGGCCCAGUGGAGCUGCCCUCCAUCUGCUCUGGUGGCUCCUGAGCUCACAAAGUCUCUCAGCGCCUCGUCCUUCAGCCACAGCCCUGACAUCACAUCCUCGGCCUGCGCUCUGACCCCUGCCCCGGACAGAGCUAAGUUGGCCUGUCCCUCGUGUGGUGUGUUAGCUUCUGAAAACGGGGCGGUUCACAAAAACAGCUGCUCAGAUCCUGAUCACAAAACCGUCAAAAGCAAGGGGCCGCCUGGCAGGAGUCCCAAGACCCUUAAUGGCCUGUUAAGCCCUCAUCUGGAGCAGCCGCUGACACACAGCCAGACCUCUCUGUGCGAGAUGCUGCAGGAAAAGGAGAAGAAGUGGCCCGGAGGCAGCAUGGGAACCAUGGACCACUCCGCCCUCAUCCCACUGCGCUCCAAAAACUUCCGCGAGAGGAGCGACGCUCACUUCGUGGACGUGAUAAAGGAGGACAGUCUGAUGAAAGAUUACUUCUUCAGACCGCCCAUCAACAAGUUGAGCCACACUUUCAUAGACAAAUCCCUGGAGUCGGCUUACAGAACCAGCUACCAGGAUGAGGUUAAGACACAGGCUCCUGUCCAGACGUUUGCCAGUCCAACGUUCAGCUCUUUUCUAGACAUGCUGCUGUGCUGUUGUGUUCUGCUGGCUCUCUCUGUGGCCUGCCUCCUGCGACCGCUGGUUACCCAGCAGCCCCUGCCCACACCGGCCCUCAUAGUGGCCGCAGUUGCAGCUGUGCUUGAAUGUUUGGCCCUAGUCCUGGCAGUACGGCGAGCCUUUUACCUGGACAGAGUGCUGAACUGCACCAGGACCCUCCUCUGGGCCAUUUCCGGCUGGGUUCCCCGUCACAUGAUCGGAGCAGUGCUGGUGUCUUUACCCGCCGUGGCUGUGUUUUCUCAUAUCACCUGCAAUAUGCAUGACUCCAUACAGUUCACCAUGUUCACCUGCUGUGCUGUCAUAAUUGCCAUCAUCCAGUACAGCAAUUUCUGCCAGCUCAGUUUCUGGAUGCGUUCAAGCCUGGCGACGCUUGCGGGACUCACCUUUCUCAGUGUGCUCUGGAGCCCCCCUUGCAGCACUUGGGAACGUUUAUUUUUGAGAUCCAGUGACUUCAACAGCAGCUUUAAUGACGUCCAAUCCCCUGCAGAAGAUCCAACCCGACCGCAGGACCUGCUCGGCCCAGAAGCUUUGGUAGCCUUCUUCCUAUUGCUCCUCCUCGUUUGGUUCCUAAACCGUGAGUUCGAGGUGAGUUACCGGCUACACUACCACGGCAAUGUGGAAGCAGACCAGCACCGCAUCAAGAUCCAAAACAUGCGGGACCAGGCCGACUGGCUCCUGCGCAACAUCAUCCCCAUCCACGUGGCCGAGCAGCUGAAGGUGACCCAGAGCUACUCGAAGAACCACGACAACGUGGGCGUCAUCUUCGCCAGCAUCGUCAACUUCAGCGAGUUCUACGAGGAGAGCUACGAAGGCGGGAAAGAGUGCUACCGUGUCCUGAACGAACUUAUCGGAGACUUCGACGAACUCUUGCGUAAAUCCGACUUUUCCAACAUCGAGAAGAUCAAGACGAUUGGCGCCUCCUACAUGGCGGCGUCGGGGCUCAAUACGCAACAGUGUAGCGAUCAAGCCCAUCCUCACGCCCACCUCCGAGCGCUCUUCGAAUUUUCUUUGGAAAUGAUGCGUGUGGUGGACGACUUUAAUAAAAACAUGCUUGGCUUUAAGUUCAAGUUGCGAAUCGGGUUCAACCACGGACCUCUUACCGCCGGAGUCAUCGGUACCACAAAGCUACUCUACGACAUCUGGGGCGACACGGUGAACAUCGCAAGCCGGAUGGACACGACUGGCGUGGAGUGUCGCGUUCAGGUUAGCGAGGAAAGCUACUGCGUGCUCAGUGGAAUGGACUAUGAGUUCGACUACCGCGGUACUGUCAACGUGAAGGGCAAGGGUCAAAUGAAGACCUACCUUUACCCGAAGAGCUCAGACCGCGGACCUGUACCUCAAUACCAGCUCUCGGUCUCUCCGGAAAUCCGUGCGCAGGUGGAUGGCAGCAUCGGACGCUCGCCCACCGAUGAAAUCGCCAAUAUGGUCCCAGCGCCAAGUGCUAGUAGAGUAGGUGCAUCGUUUUCUGUGAGCUCAGGACUCACCGGACAGGGAUUUGCUGGUAGAGACUUUCCCGAGAAGACUGGAAGCAAUGGUACUUCGAAGACUCAACGAUCUGCAUCUGCUGUUGGCCUGAUUUGCAUACCGGAAACUAGCUUGAGCGCAAGUCCAAUGGUUUUCAGUAAACCAGCUCCGACUUUGACCUCUCCUCCUGUCCGAGCGGAUAUUGCAGAGGUUGUUGCAAAAAUGGAGGGAGAAAUUGCAUACAUGGGUGAAAUGACAAAACUUUGACUUGAAACGGGCCAACAUUGUUGUCGCUGUUGGUAUUAACCCCUUUAAAACCCAGGCUCUCCACUGAGUUUGUCGGGAUAGGCUAGUUUAGGGAUGUAUGCUAGCGUAGAUUUGUGUCCGUGUAUGUGGAAAGUUUUAGCACACACCUCUGAAGUGUUUUUUAGCGCUAGCCGAACCAGGAGAUACUUUCACAUCUGGACAGCGGUGCUGGACCGUAAAAACUCAGAGGAGCCACAAGAACCAAUUCUACAUGGGAUAGGAAAUGCAGAGGAGAUACAUUUGGAUAGCACAGACCUGAAGUCCCAUCCUUAAAUAGACCGCAGUUAUUUCUGCUAAUAUUAUUCUCCUCUAGCUUCUACUAUUUUCUGCCUUUCAUGACUAGUUUUCUUUUAAUGAAGUGCCUUUAGGAUGAUAACAAUAUGUAGGAGGCAUUUUUCAAAGGUUUCUUAAUCAAAGAUGAAGAUUUCGCUGAUGAAGAUCUAAAAGGUUUAGCACGUAAAUUUGAUGUUAGAAAGCGCUUUAAUUUUUGUGAAAGUAUUGGAGAUAUUUUAGAAUAUUCCAAAGUAAUUUGAGUUCCCUCAGUUGGACGUUCAUCAGUCAGUAUUCAAAAAAGUUUUACAAAGCAAAACUCUGUAUUGCGAUGAUUGCUGUUUUAAAAAUACCCAAGAUGAAACCAUCUCGUUGAAUGGUGCAUGGCCAAAAGUGUCUGUGAAGAAGUAUUAGUGAACUGUAGAGCAAGUUAUGGGCUAAAAUCACCUACAGUUAACAAUAUCAAACAUUUCUACAGUGCUUUAUCUUGAUGCAUGUAUUCCUUAGUGUCCUAUUAUUGCCUUUCCGUCUCUUUUUCGUGAUUUUUCCUAUUGCUCUUCAUUCUGCAGCUUAAUGCUUGAUUGGCUGACCAACAUCUGAAUUUCAGAUGAAAGUAUUAAGAUGAUGUGCAAGUUUGCCUUAAUGCUAAUAAGAUCAUAGUCUCAAAGGACAAAAAUGCAUUCAUGCAUUAGCUACAGUGACUUUCAGACUUUACACAGAAUUUUACAUAAAAUAUAAACAUGGGCAGUCAGUUUUAAGAUGUAGGCAGUUUGUUUACAAGUCGACAUAAAAUCAACACUGACCCCAUUUACUCUCCUUAAAGCAUUCCUAGUGUUAUGAUUCAUUAGUGCACGUUGUUGUAAAAGCAAAAAUGUCUGUAAUCUUUCAUCAAAAAUGUUUUACUUGUGUCGCCUCUGAAACAGUUUUUUGGCUGAUGUCACCUAGGCUGUUCAGGCAUGGAAAAUAAUGGUAAUUAGUAGCUAAAUAACAUUGUUUUAGGCUACCGUUGUUGGUAGUGCAGCAAAUCAAUAUUAAACUGAUAAUGGCAAUAAUAGCAAGUAAGUCUAAUAAUAGAUAGAAAUGUUUGGACAUACUCUGGUCAAAAAUCCUCAGAAAAUGGGAAAAAAGCUGGUAUCAUCUACUUCCACCGUCUAAUGCUGAGGAACUCAACCGAAAUUUUUCAGAAGACUAAUAUAUUUAAUCAAGCAAAUCUUAGAUAUGUGAUAAACUGCAUUUCUAAAUCAGUAAAACUGCAAUGUUGUCUUAUGAUGCAAAUUGUUAUUUGUGGCCCUUUGUAUUUUAUGUGGUUUAAAUGCGGCCUGCUUGGCCUCUGAACUUGAGGACGCCUGAAUCAAAUUGAAUCCUAUCCUGCUUUAUUUUUCUCAUGAAAUAUAUAAUGCAUCACUUACAAUUACUUCAUAUGAGAGUAUGAGCGUGCCAUUUCAUGUCAGCUUUGAUUUUAAUUAUUUUGCACUGGAAUCUUGAGUGGUAAAAGUUAAUUUAAUUAGUUCAAAUGUGAAAAAAAUUAAACUUGAACUGUACUCAAAUCUAAAGAGACGAAAUUAUGUUGCCAAUUAAGUCACCAUAGUGGCAUAACAUUUCAAGAACUGGCAAUAAUCUAGGUAUCAUAUAUGUACCCAGCCAGUCAAAUGUACAGACUCAUGUGAAUAUUAGAAUAGAUUAGACCAUAGCCUUGACUCUGCCUGCUUGUCUGUUGAUGUGCAAUAAUAAAGGGUAAAUUAUUGUAUGGGAUAUUAGCAAAAGGAAGUAGAUUGUAAUCUUUUUAACAGUGAGCUUUGUGAGUGACUUAAUCUGCACUGAUACUACAUACAUUUUAUGAUCGUCUAAUGAGUUAAAAAUUGAUGUUCUACAUUUUGAUAGCAGUUUAGUGUAUUUCCCUUUCCCUUACAUCUUGGCUUUAUGAUGAGUGACCUGUAUUAGUUUAAAUGGGUUGUGUGCUCAAAGAUUUGCUUUCGUUUUUUCAUGCUUCACAUUCAGUGGUGAUAUUAAUGGGAAUAUGAGAAAAUGUGAAAUGUAUAGCGUUUUUUUGACAUUGUUGUGAAUUCGCAAUCUGCCAAGAACCUGUACAUUUAAAAGGGAAUUGUUAUAAAGGGUGAUUGAUUUGUCAGUAUUUCUCAUUGUAUAUAUUAGUGCCUUUUACUCAUUUAUAAUGCAUUGAUUGGUCAAAUGACAUCAUCUUUUUUAUCGAUUCAUUUUCAUAAACUAAAUGCUUGUGUAUGAUAAAUGUCUUCAGAUUCAAUGUGAUCUUUAGCGCUGUGCCUUUUCUUAACGAUUAGCUUGACGUGUCCAUUUUCACUGUAUAUUCCUUCUGAAUGUGAACUGCUCUUCAUUUAGAAAUGUACAGGAUGAAUAUUGUAAUUUUCCUCCAAGGUGCCAUUUUUAUUCUGUGCUGAUUUUGAUGCUGUUCAGUUGUGUUUUUGGUGACACCAAGCAUAGCAAUCCAUGUAUUUAUAAUAUAUUUUAAAGGGCACAACUUUUGCUCAAUAAUAAAAGUGCCCUUGCUGUCUGGAUGGGGAACGAGCACACAACCCUUAUGGGCUCCUCUGUUUCAGAAAAGUAGAGCAAUAUAAAACUGGAUCCAACUAAAUAAGCAUUACACUUCAGCCUCCGAUCUGCUGCUUGAACUUAGCUGGACGAAGCACAUUUGUGUUUUUCAUCUGUUAUGUUUAUGGAAAUGUGCUCCUUAUGAACUUUCCAUUCCAUUACUUCUGUGUGAGGCUUUAUUGUAAGGAAAACACAUUUAGAGCAAAUGAAAGGGCUGAACCAAUGUAUGACAAUUUAUUUUAUUUAAGAUCAAUUAAGUUGGCCCAAUUGAUGAUUCCAAGCAAUUUGACGUAAGAAAUGUAAGUAAAAUUUGACACACAAAUGUGUGUUUUAAGAAGUAUCACACACUGGGAUGGCUUGCCAAAGAGUAUAUUUAUUCAAAAAUGUAUGAUUUUGAGUUUCUCUCGGUUUCUUCAUUUAUAAACUCAAUCUGUAUACAUUUGUAAAACGUUCUCUCUCUCUCUCUCUCUCUCUCUCUCUCUCUCUCUCUGUUUCUCUCCUGUGUUUGUACAUAUGCAUUGCUCAGUGUGACAUAUGAUUCAUUUUUGUAAUAUUUAUAUCAAUGCAUGUGCCAUACUGUUACAUCAAAGCUAAUGGAUGAAAAGGGAAAGCCAAUAAUACAGUGUUGAAGUCUG